AUGGCAACCAGAGGUUUUGGUUCCUCUAAGAGGGACAGUCGGAAGGAGAAAAACGUUCGACAGAUUUAUGGCGUAUUUGCAGGUUCUGAUGCUGAUUCAUUUGAAGAAGACAUCAAUGAUGGCAAACUCUCCGAUGAUUCUGACUAUAAUCGUGAUUCCGAUGAUGGAAUUCCUUCUUUAUCAUCUAAGCCUCUCAAUUCUCGCAUAAAAAGGAAACAAAAGGAAGCAGCUUUCUUUUCUACCUUUGAAAGAAGCGGAUCCCGUUCAAAUCCACCCUUGUUUGUAUCUGCUGGAACCAUAAAUUUUUCUGAAUCUGAUAAUGUUGAUACGUCUAAUCUACAACACUCAAAAAAGCAUGAAAACAACUCUGAUAUGGAGCUGAAUUCCGAUGACGAAUUUGUAAAUAAAGUUCUGGGUGAUGUAGAUGCGGUGAUUUACUCAGAUGACGAACUUGAUGAUCAAGCAAUCGCUCAUUCUGCCGCCAUAGCAAGAGCUCAAAAGGAGCUUUUGAGAGCAAACAGCAGGAAAAACGAUACCAAAGAAUUAAAAAAUAACAUUCCAAACACCACUAAACCAAUAUUUGAAGAGCAAAAGAUGGAAAAAAUGUAUGGAAAGGGUCUAAAAAUGUUGCAAAAAAUGGGUUACAAAGGUGGAGGUUUAGGUAAGGAUGGGUCAGGAGUGGUCGCUCCCAUUGAAUUAAAGGCGACGUAUAAGAAUGAGGGUCUGAAAGAGGGAGGCAAGGAUCCAUACAGCAAUAUUCUAACUCCUAGUCAAUCAAGCACUUAUUAUAAAACCACUGAAUUUGAAAGAUAUGUAGAAUAUACAAAUGGUUGGAAGAAGGGUGUAAGAUAUCCAAGUUUUGUAAGCGUUAAAUCUACAAAUUAUGAUAUUGAUGUACUUAUUGAUAGCUUAAAGAGAAAAUGUGACACACUAAGGACAUCGAUCGAUGCGUUAUAUGAUGAAAAGAUGAGUUUGGAAAUUACAAUCAGCCGACUUAGGUCUGAUUUAUCAUCAUUGCCAGAAAACAUCUCCUAUAUGAGCCAUUUAGUUCGUUGUUUUGAUGAAAACAUUGAAGAUGCCAUUAAAACUUUAAGGUUAUUUAAUAAAACCUUGGAUAAUUUAGACCCGAAUCAACCUAGUCCAUGCAUUUCAAAUCUUAAAGCACUAUUAAAAAUAUUUGAGAGAAUGAAAGAACAUUCAGAAUAUGAUUCGUAUGGUUUUAAUGAUAUAGCGUAUAGAUGCACAAAACAGGUUUUAUACAAGCUUUAUAAUAAUUGGGAUGUAUACAAUAACUUUGAUAAGGGGACUGCGUUUGUAUCCUAUAUUAUAUCCUUUUUCUACAGGUAUAUCGAUAAUACUAACCUAAAACAUGAUAUAAAUUCCUUGAUCAUUGACAAAUUAAUCAAUUUUUUCGCUAAUGAGUGGAAGAUAUCGGAUACAGAUCUAGGAUGUAAAAUUUUUUCUCUUUGGAGACAUGAGUUACUUCUUUUGUUUCCCUGUGAUUCACCGAUUUUGCCAACACUAGACGAGAGGAUUCGUCUUAGACUCUCAGAGUUUCUAUCGGACCCCUCUAAUGCCAAUAUAUCGCAUAUUGUUAUACACCCUUGGUUUACGUUUUUAGACGGAGACAAGAUUCAUGAGGUUACCUGUAAAUUCCCAGAUAUGUUUAAAGCACUUCUUUCAAAGGAUAGGUUAAAGGAUCCUGCGAAAGUUAAAAGUAUUCUGGAUUCAUGGUCGACUUUACUUGACAAGCAAACCUUGGCAACCAUCGAUACCUGUAUUUGUGCCAAUCUUCGAGCACUGUUGGGUUCAGUUGAAAUAAAUCCUAGAAACCAAGAUACCACAGUGAUAGAACAGGCUUUUGGGUGGGAAUCUUUGGCUGGAACGGAAAAACUUUGCGAUAUAUUCUCGCAAGUAUUGCUCCCUAGAUGGAUUAAAGUGCUAGAUAGAUGGAUAAACUCUCCCAAUGCAAAUCGUGAGGAGAUUGUAGUUUGGUAUAUGGGAUGGAAAGGUUUGUUUCCGCCAAACAUGUUAAAGAACAAGUCGAUUGAAGGAUUCUUUAGGGACGCAUUGAAGUUAAUGGACAAGGCAGCAUCAAGUAGCCAGACUUCUACACAAUCUCCUAGGGUUAAAGCAGAUGUACCAGUUAAACCAAAAUCAUUGCUUGAUCAGCUGAAAGACAUUGCUGAAAAACAACAGAUACUGAUGGUCCCAAGAGUUGGCAGAAUGUUUGAAAACAAGCAAAUGUAUACAUUUGGAUCCGCCACUAUUGUAGUUACCAGUGACGAAAUAUUUAUAAUAGAUAGAGGAGGAUCACGGCCCAUUACCAUGAAUCAACUCGUGACAUCGCAACUCGAAUAGAAUACACACUCUACAUCAUAUGAACGUUUUAAUCACAUUAUUCACUUUUUAUAUUCU